UUUCAGUCUGACUGUAUGUGUGUGUGUGUGUUCGCCUCCCUCCCUUCAUUUCCUGAAUCCUCGGAUUUACAGCGACGUGGGAAACAAACGCACGUGAAAGAAUAAUAAAAGGAGCUCGCGACGAUGAAAGCUCACCUUCAGCCUCCUGCCUGCUGACCAUACCAGCCAAUGGGCUGAGGGCGUGGGCGGGGCCAGGAUGAGUGAGGAGCUCUUAUUGGAGGAGACGCUCAUCAAGCGAUCGCAGCAGAAGAAGAGGACGUCGCCGCUGAACUACAAGGAGCGACUGUUCGUCCUCACGAAGAGCCGGCUGACGUACUACGACGGCCGAGCGGAGAAGAAGUUCAGGAGAGGCUGGAUCGAGCUGAGCCGGAUCAGGUGUGUGGAGAUCGUCAAGAAUGGAGGAGGAAUCAUCCCCUGUCAGAACAAAUACCCGUUUCAGGUGGUGUACGACACCAACACUCUGUACGUGUUCACUCCGAGUAACGACAGCAGGAGUCAGUGGGUCCAGAACCUCAAAGAAGAGAUCAAAGACAAUCUGGUCAUCAUGACGAAGUUCCAUCCUCAGUUCUGGCAGGAGGGGGCGUGGCUUUGCUGUCGUCAGGCGGAAAAACAGGCACUGGGCUGCGAGGAGUACAACCUGUUUGGAGACAUCUCCAGAAAACCUUUACCCCCGAUUCCUGGAGAGCAGAGUAAAAACGAGAGGCGUCGCCCGGCUCCACCCCCACCUCAGGCUGGUCAAGACGAUGACGUUAAAGAAGAGGAUGAUGACGAAGAAGAAGAAGAAAAGGAGGAGGAGGAGGAGGAGGAAGAGGAGGAGAUGGUGGUAGCACUGUACGACUUUACGGCUACUGAGGCACCCGACCUGAGCCUGGUGAAAGGAGGCGAGUACGUCAUCCUGGAUAAACGUGACGCCAACUGGUACAAGGCGCGAAACGUGUACGGUGAGGAAGGCUACAUCCCGAGUAAUUACGUGACAGAGAAGAAAUCCGGAAACCUGGAGCAGUUUGUUUGGUACAGUAAACAAGUGAACCGGAACAAAGCAGAAGAGCUGCUGAGAAAAGAGGACAAAGAGGGAAGCUUCAUUGUGAGAGACUCGAGCACUGCAGAAACCUACACCGUCUCUCUCUAUGCCAAGUCUGUUGCGGGGGAUGGCCAAUCUGUUAUAAAACAUUACCACAUCAAGGUGACACAAAGCUCACCUCCACAGUAUUACCUGGCAGAGAAACACCUCUUCAACUCCAUCCCCGACCUCAUCGAGUACCACAAACACAACGCAGCAGGUCUGGUUGCCAGAUUAAGGUACCCUGUAGGGAAACAGGACAAGUCUGCCCCGUCCACUGCUGGCUUCAGCUACGAGAAGUGGGAGAUCAACCCCAGUGAGCUGACCUUCAUGAAGGAGAUGGGCAGCGGGCAGUUCGGUCUUGUGAGGCUGGGAAAGUGGAGGGCUCAGCACAAAGUGGCCAUCAAGGCCAUCAGAGAGGGGGCCAUGUAUGAGGAGGACUUCAUCGAGGAGGCCAAAGUCAUGAUGAGACUGUCUCACCCCAAACUGGUGCAGCUGUACGGCGUGUGCAGCCAGCAGAAGCCCAUUUACAUCGUCACAGAGUUCAUGGCGCUCGGCUGUCUGCUGAACUUCCUCAGGCAGCAGCGGGGCCGGUUCAGCCUGGGCUCCCUGCUGAGUAUCUGCCUGGAUGUGAGCGAAGGGAUGGAGUACUUGGAGGCCAACAGCUUCAUCCACAGAGAUCUGGCUGCAAGAAACUGUCUGGUGAAUGACUCUCUGGUUGUCAAGGUGGCCGACUUCGGCAUGGCAAGGUACGUGUUAGACGACCAGUACACCAGCUCGUCCAGUGCCAAGUUUCCUGUGAAGUGGUCGGCUCCUGAAGUCUUUAACUACAGAAAGUACAGCAGCAAGUCAGACGUCUGGUCGUACGGUGUGUUGAUGUGGGAGGUCUUCUCGGAGGGUCGCAUGCCAUUCGAACAGAGUCAGAACCAUGAAGUGGUUACCUUGGUAACUAAUGGUCAUCGACUCUAUCGGCCCAAAUUGGCCACGCCCCUCAUCUAUGACAUCAUGGAGCUUUGUUGGCUGGAGAACCAAGAAAAGCGUCCGUCGUUCUCGGAGCUCAGCAUGAAGAUCUCCGACGCUCUCGAGGGCGACGCCCCGCCCACAAACUGAUCAACUGACCAAUCAGGCGCUUCCACCGCUCACGUCGAGAAUUCACUUUGUGGUACCAGAACCUUCAAGAACUGACCAAUGACACGGAAGGAUAUGACCAAUGACAACAACUGGAGUCCAAUUAUUGACCAAUCACAGCACAGCUGGCCUGAUAGCUGACAAACGUGAAGCUGCUGCUCUCGUGGGAUUGUGUGUUCUUCUGUGUUUUUAUGACUUUGACUACAACAUGAACUGACAGAGAAGAAGGAAGCAUAAAAUCUGUCAUGGUGGACACGUCCGCUCAAUCGUGAUUGUCUUCUUCGUGCGCCAUAAUCCACCCAGACAUCUUUGAGUCUGCAUCAGUGUUUCCUCUCAGGCAUACAGUCAGAUAUCUAUCAGUGAAAAAGAUGCAUUAUCAGGUCACAACACGUUACAUAGAGCUAAACUCUUCAAGACAAGACUCAGAAUCAGACAUGUCAGGAAUCUCAUCAGCUCAUCGCAACAAAUCCUGUCUCUGAUUGUUUCAUUGCUCUGGUGCUAAUCUGGAAUUUCGGUCAUCACUUCAUCUUUAAUAUGAAAUAAAUACGGUAGAAAUCAUUCAAUCCUUUUUCUAAUAUGAGUACAUGUUACACAGGAUGUCCUUCAUAACCUUCAUUCACACAUUUCAAUAAAAUAAAAGAGUUAAAAAAG